UUUAUCCCAAUGCCUUCUUUCUAAUGAUACACGUAUCUGAUAACGAUUUCGAUGAUGAUGAAAUCAGCCAAGAACUAGAAAACCAAAUCCUUACAAUUUUCACGGAUCGAUAUGUCGAAGAAAAACGCAAAAUUUUAGUAUUGUACAAGGAUACCCAAAAAAAAGACGGUAAUGAUGAAAUUGGCUUCAAGAGACUCUCGACUUCUAAAGGUCAACAGCAACUAGAUGAAUUAAAGGCCGAUAUAGAUAAUGUUAUUUUGAAAGUGAAAGAGUUGUAUUUGUAUCCACCUCUUACGCUCAAUAUUUCAACCAGUUCCCAUGCAAUCACUGAUGUUACCCAAGUUGUUGUUUGGUCCGGCGUGAUGACUCACAGAACUUUUGAAUUAUCUCAGAGUAUUGAAAGUUUAAAAUCAGAUAAAUCAGAUAAAUCGGCCAUAGGUAACGCUUCACCCUCACCCAUACUAUUCUUAUUUGCAGAGGAGAUUAAUGAAAACGAUAUAUGUAAAAUGCACGCAUUUGCUCGCGACGUCGAUAACUUCUUUAAAGAGCAUUUACGCGACCUCUCAAGGUUAGAUCAAUCUGAAGAGUUCACUUAG